AUGGGACCCGAUGGACGCACUUGUCGCGCGGUGGCGGUGGCCACGAGCGUCUCCGCGUAUUGUCAUGCCGAAAUUUUUUUGCAAUCAUUUGCAAGCGGUCUUCCGGAGCGCGGGGGAGACACGAGGGCGUGGAAGGCAGAUGGCAACUGGCAGUCCAUACUUGGGGACAUGGAAAGCGCGGUUCUCAAGAUAGAUUUUUCAAGGAGUCUUCAGGAUUUGCACCCGUCAAGUCUGCAGUCGGCAUUCAACGUGACAAUAGCAGAUUCGAACAUCAUCUGCACUGCCCCUUACCAGGGCUCGGGCAGCCCUCUGCUGGCAGCAGGGUCGAAUCGACAUGUCGGCGACUACGGUUCUUCGCUUCGGCAUCAAGACUCUCCGUCCAGACGGCUGAGUUCCGUAUUCCCUGAAAUGCGUGACUACUUGAGAACAUCUAGGCUCCGUUGGCUUGUCGAUAGAUGCUUUCACUUCAAAGACGGGGAAGACGCGGAAUGGACCUACGAGAUCUGUGUCGGGAAAAAAGUGACGCAGUUCAUGGGCAGCUCCAAGGCAGGGAAAACCAUCGGGAAGACGUUGCUCGAGUGGGGAACGUACAAGAUAGGCCACGACCAGCUUUGGGCCAACGGAACACUGACGCAGAAUUACGGUAACGGGACAGGCGGGCGACACGCUGAGGUUUUCUUCGAGUGCCUCGACCAGUAUCCAACUGUCACUGCCAUUGAAGAAGUCCAGGAGAACGAACUGCGCAUGUGGGUCGGCGCUCCGAUGUUCUGCGACUUCCGGCCGAGCAGUCCGAGACCGCCCCUGCUGGAGUCGAUGCUUCGGCCGAUGGAGGGCUGGUGCGCCAACUUCACAACGUCCGGCUGGUGGUCAUACGAGUACUGUCAUCCAGACAGCCUCGUCCAGUUCCACAAAGAUAGCACGGGAGACGUCAAAGACCCCAUGUUCCUUCUGGGAACUCUGCACCGAGCUGGGCCGUCGCCGAAUUUUCUUUGGAGUCGCCCCUCUGGCGACUUCCCCAUGCUCCGCGGAAAAGGCUCCUCAGGCGUGAACACGAAAGGCAGUCCAAAGUUCCGAUUCCUCCCAGUGGAACUCGUGGACAGCCCCACGUGGAUUGCCAAAGGACGCGAGCGGCCGCAGCAGGUCCUGGCGAUGGAGUUGAGUAAUGGCACUCGAUGUGACGGCACGGACGUCCAGCGAAGCACGCGAAUCCUUUUUGAGUGCCCAGAAGACUUCGCCUCGUUAGCGACGCACCAGGUUGUGAAGGUUAUGGAGACAUCCCGUUGUCGCCAUGAACUUCUCAUUCAUACGCCUUUGGUUUGUCCUCAUCCGCGACUUCUGCCACCCCGCCCGAAGGACCCUCCGCACAUCAACUGCGUUCCAGCGGACAGUCAUCAACAAGAGUCCGACCUUGAGGCGCUUGAGCCAAACAAGGAGCUGGUCAAGAGUGUGCCAACGCCACAUCUCGAAGCUAUUCCAGCAAGCUACCUUCCAAACGCCAAGAUCAGCUUACAGGGAAGCGAGUUCGGUAUGAGGUACUACAAGAGGUAUCGCGCGUCCUGGACAAGUCCUUCUUUCAGAGUUGGUCGUCUUGUUAGGCACCGCUGGUCUAAGUACACAGCAGUGGUUUUGUCGUGGGACCGAUCUUGCGAAGCCCCUCGUGAGUGGAUUGAAAAGGUUUACGCAUACUACCCUGAGGCAUCCAAAGAGAAACCUCAUUACCUACUGCUGGUGAAUCAGUCACAUGUGGCAGAUCCGCCACUGCCUCUAUUUGCCUACGUUCCAGAGAUUGCGUUGGAGCCGGCAUCGGCUAACCAAGGAGUAUUCCGCCAUCCUGAAACCUCACAUUUCUUCCACCACUUCUCCAACCAGAGUGGCCAUUUCGUGCCCCUUAACCACACAAGCCUCCUGGAGAUGUUUCAGACCGAUUUUUAG